UCAUUUUCUCUUUCCUUAAGACAAAAAUAAAAUAAUUAAAAAAAAAAAAAAAAACAAAACUCUCCCUUGCUCUCUUCCAUUCCCACGGUGAAACCGCCGGAAAACGCAACGUCGCCGGAGUGAAGAUCGGAAAACACAACCGGAGAACAGAAUUAGGGUUCGUCGAUUGCACGAACUUAAAGAAUGCCGCUCUGUAGACACCACAUUCGGAGCGCGCACGCUCUUGCGGAUCCGGAGCUGCGCCGCGCCGCCGAUAUCGACGACUCCGAAGCUCUUCUCGAAGCCGUCGCAAUGUCCGGACUCGUCGGCUUUCUCCGCCAGCUCGGCGACCUCGCUCAGUUUGCUGCUGAGAUGUUCCAUGACUUACAUGAAGAAGUACUGGCUACUGCUGCAAGAGGCCACAAUCUUGUGUCUCGUGUUCAACAGCUUGAGGCUGAAGUUCCAGCACUAGAGAAAGUUUUUUUGUCACAAACUCAUCAUUCAUCAUUUUUUACAAAAGGAGGGAUUGAAUGGCAUCCUAAUCUUCGGUCUGAACAGAAUCUUGUUACACGCGGAGACUUACCUCGAUUUAUAAUGGAUUCAUAUGAAGAGUGCCGUGGACCUCCAAGAUUGUUCCUUCUGGACAAGUUUGAUGUGGCGGGGGCUGGGGCAUGUCUGAAGCGUUAUACUGAUCCGUCGUUCUUUAUAGUGGAGUCUGCUUCCUCUGGAAAAGUAACAGUAGAAGUUCAAAGGGAAAAGAAAAUUCAUAAAGUUAAGCAAAAGAAAGGAACACGACUGCGGAAUGGUGAAACCCCUGAAGUUGUACCGUCACAUGCAAAACUGCAUCAGUUACUUCUUCAGGAGCGCAUUGAGAAUGCUUGUGGGGAUCCUGCUCGCCUUGUGAAGUUGAAAAAGAAACAAUUGAAUGGAUCUGCAGUUGAAGCAAAAACAUGGAAAAGUUACAUGGAGAAAAUUCUGGAAAUCCCCUCCCCUGAUCAUAAAAUGGUUUGUGAAACUUCAAUUCCACAGCCCGGGAAGUUGGUGUCAGAUGAUUCUAGUGAAAGUGGGAUUAAAAUACUUGAAAUCAGUAGCAUUACUCCUAUGAAUAGGUCUUUGGGAAAUGAAAACACAUGGUCAUCACCAAAUGAGCAGGAACUAGAAGUGAAUUCAUACGCAGAAAUGGAUAGGGAGAUGGAUGGAUAUAUUGUGGAGGUGAAUGAACAAAUCUCUGGUGGUGUCACAGAGGAAAUGUCUUCUGACUAUCUCAAGGUACUCGAUGAAGCAGGAUUAGUAUUUGAUGAACAAAAUAAAAGAGAAUUCAACUUAGAUAGCUACCACUCUGAUGAUGUGAUUAGUGAGGUUGAUGAUUAUAUGGAUGCAUUAGCUACCAUUGAGUCUGAAUUGGAUACAGACAAUGAGUGUGGACCUACGAAAAAAUUAUUAAAUAUUCAAAAUUUAACUGAUUCAAAUGGCAAAGGCGAACCUCAACUGCGAGCUCAAUUUUCAGAUUCUCAAUCAUUUGGUGACUCCUUAACUUCUGCUGAAGAAAUUAGUUCAUUUGAACAAGAUAGAAAUGGAGAGCAUAAUGAAGUGCAAGGUCAGCUGUCAGAUUCUCUGUCAACAGGGACCUCCUGGGCAUCUGAUGAUAAUAGUCCAUUCAGAAGAGAUAUAAGUGAAGAACAUUCCCAACUACAACAGUUUUCAGAUUUUCAAUAUAUCAGAAACUCCACAUCAAGGAUUGAAGAUAUGUCAUCUGACCAGCUUCCCCCUACUUUUGAGUUUCAAAGGACUUACUGUCGUGAGUUUGUCGUGGAUGAUGAUGAACAUGCUCAGGGUGAAGUGAUUUCUGAUUCUAGACCAGUCUCUUCUGGUUCAUGUCUGAUGGAUUCUGAACAUUUAAUGUUGUAUAGUGAUCUUGGAGCUGCCUCACCAGUGUCCCUAUCUGCAGGGACAGGAAGGCAAUCAGAUGAAACACCCUCCGGCCCUGUUGAGCUUCAUUUAAGAAUAGAAGAUGAUGAAGAAAAGAAGUGUCUUGUCGAAUCUAUAGUGGCCAGAUCUGAUGCUUGCUACCCAAUAAGAGAUGAUGCUUUCCCAGUGGUUUCUUUUGAUAACAAUUCUUUGAACAACUUGGAUGUCUGUGAUCCCUAUGUCCAUUCCAAUGAUCUGUUACAAACUUCUAAUGAAUUAAACUUAGCUCAUGAAGGUGAAUCUGGUGGUCAUUCUGGGAUUGAAGUUUUUCAGGCAGAAUCUCUUAAUGAAUGCUCUUCUGAAAUAUUGGUUAGUGGAGAUGUUGGUUUACAAGGGGAGGAUCCCAUUUGCCCAUCUAUGGAAGUAGACCUGAAUCCAGAUACUAAGCUGCUGCUUGAUGUCCAAAAUUUAAAAUCUGAGGAUGAUAUUAUAGCUACCCAGCUUAACUCAGAAGAUUUGUUUCCUGUUGCAGAGACUACAUCAAAGAGCAGCAUUACACAGGAGCUAUGCUUUGAUUUUACAAGUGGAAACAAGCCAGAUUUAGCAGAAGUUGAAUUUUUGCCUCCUGAUCAUCAAGUGAAUUUUGAAGAGGUACCAAGGAUAUUGCCUGGUGAUGAAAUAAGUGGAUCCACCUGCAGUUUGGAUCUAGUUGAAGAUGAUGUUCAUAUUAAACAUUCAUCUUCAGAUAUCAUAUCUUCUCCAAUGAGUAAUCUUACAAAGUUGGAAGAAACUCUUUCUAUUUUUGCAGAUCCUUGUGAGAAAGAGAUGAUAGUCAGUGAGGCAGACAGUAGAGAAUCUUUGACAGAAUUAGCAGCACAGAAGGUAGUGGAUCAACCUGAAAUUACUUCUAUUGAUGUACAGUUGAGCAUGAGCAGAUCAGUUCCAUGCGAUCCUUCUGAUUCUGGAAUUAGGAAUAAUAUGCAACAUUCAUCUAUUAAGGAGAAAAUCCAUUAUAGCUCUUCUAUCAAUGGCCUGAAAACGGUGCCUGUUUGUUCAGAGCUAGACACGCAAAGGUUAUCUGGUCAGGGAAUUAAUCCAACAAAACGUGUCAUGAAUCCAUUAAAACCCCUAAUUCCUGACUUCUUACCCAAGGCAUCUAAAAACAGUCUAGAGGAGAUGCCACCUAUGCCCCCUCUGCCUCCAAUGCAAUGGAGAACGGGCAAGGUUCAACAUGCUUCCCUUUUUACACAGAGAGAAGACAUAGAAGUAAACCUAGCCUCACUCCAACCAAUACAGCCCAAUAAACUUGAUGAUAAGUCUCAAUUUGGUUUACCAACUUCUGAAAAAGAGACCUUGCCGUAUCAGAAUCUAUUUUUGCCUGUCAUGGCUGUGGAAAGUAAUAUCCAUCAAUAUUCUUCUGGGUUUUCAGUGGGAAUGUCAGAGCAGCCUGUUUCUAUUCCUUUUCAAUUUCCUGUAAUGGUAAAUGAAGCAAAUGGUCAAUAUAAUUUCCUAGUUCCAGAACAAAGCCAAAUCCAGAACCCUUUCUUAACAUUACAGGACAGGUCUCCACUUGGAUAUGCUGUUGCUUUGGAGGGAGAAAUAAAUCCAAGUCCAUGCCCACCAUCACUUCUUGCUGAAUGUGUUGUUUCUAGGGCUGAUCCCAUUUUACAACAAGAAAAACCAACUCAAUCUCCUAGUGAAUUAACGGAAGGUACCAGCUUAGAAGUUACAAAGGAUAGACCUGGAGAAUUGCAUUUAGUGCUACCUGCAGAAUGUCCAGAUUCUGGAGAUGAUCCCAUUUCUCCAAAAGAGAAACCAACACAAUCUCCAAGUCAGUUAAUGGAAGAGACUAGUUUAGAAGUUAAAACUCUUGAGCAGUCUUCGAUUAAUCUGGAAAGGGAACAAGAAGAUCCUUCAACCUCACCCAUGUCACCGCCAAGUCUAGAAAUUGAGGAGACCAAUCACAGCCUGCUACCUUCAGAGGGAGAAAUGGCGUUUCCAUUGGAUACAUCUUCUCAAACAUCCAAGCGUGAUAAUACUGAGACGCCAAAUGGAAAGCCAAAGAAUAAGCGUCCUCUUCCUCAGGAGGAUCCUGUAAUUGAUCCUGUUGCUGCUCUAGACAAAAGCAGGCUGAGGAAGGUCACUGAACGUGUUAUGCCCCCCAGAGCACCAAAGGAAGAUGGAAGAGAAUCACUGUUAGAAAUGAUAAGAUCGAAGUCAUUCAACUUGAGGCCUGCUGCGGUUCAACGACCACCCAGGAUUCAGGGUCCAAAAACGAACUUGAGGGUCGCUGCCAUCCUGGAAAAAGCAAAUGCAAUCCGCCAGGCAUUCGCUGGAAGCGAUGAAGAUGAUGCAGAUAGUUGGAGUGAUUCUUGAUCUUACUGGGGAAUGAAAAGUACUGGAGCGAGCCAUACUUCCCUGUAAUGAAUAGGAAAACUACGUGAUACAGUCAUACAAAAGAUUCUUUGUCCUACACUAUGUUCAUAGUAUAUGAUGAUAUACUUCAGACAGCAUAUGUUUUUUUGCUAGUCCUCCCAAUUCACACAUAGAUGCACGAACAUUGGAGCAGGCAUACAGCGUAGCAUCCAUUCAGAGCCUUUUUCGAAGGUCAAACUCACUUCAUUCAGACUCAGGCUGGCUCAGUAUCAAACAAGACCAACGAACAACCUAUCAACAAUUUUUUUUUCCUCUUCAUAUAAGAACAUGUAUAUUCGUGUUGUGGUUGUCAAGUUUUUAUGAGUUAUCAAUUUUGUAAUUCAGUGAUGUAGUGGUUUUCUCAUAAUUGCCUCAUAUAUCAUGUAGCUCAUCUGUUUGUGUCCAAUACAAUAGUAUAUAUGUACACGUGUGUAAAAUACCUUGGAUGUACGGUAUCCAGCUGUUUUAAAACCAAAAUCAAAAUAAUAGUAUAAAAUUGAAAGCAAUA